AUUGUCGAUAAUUCUCCUACGGUUCGGGAAGACCAUGUUAAAACUGCGGCAGCCUGAAAGUGCUAAAAAUGGAAAAUUAUGACGAGCAAUUUCUCUUAGUCGGACCAGAAAGAACACAAGAAACAGAUAAACGUGAAGUCAAAGAAGAGAAAAGGGCGUCAAAUGUUCCAGUUCAUUUAUUAGAAAGGUUCAAAGCAAUAGAAAAAAGAACAGAUGACAUGACAAAAAGAUCAAGAGAGAAAAGAUUAAAAUACCUGCAAAAAUCCAUAAAAGAGAAAGUUCACCAAGAAAUAACCUUACCAGAAGACAGAGAAAUUCUGAGAAAAUAUGAUGUGAAAUUUGGUCCUUCUGUUGAUAAUAGAAAACGGUUGCUUUCUGAUGAUGCUGAUGAAACAAGAACAAGUAACAACAGCAAAAAAGAUAGUACUACAACAGAUGUUAAAGUAUUAAACCAAUAUUUAGGUGUAAAUGACCAUCUAAAGGGUAUUAAUAGAGGCAGUGCAGCUCCCAGGACUGGAUUAGAGAGGAAAAUUGAUCAUGCUAUAGAAUUAGGGGAAUUUAACACAGCAGAAAAACUUAGCGAUAGAUUAGCUACUCGUGAGUUUGGGACGAAAAUAGCAGAUGCCUUUACAGCUAAAGAUUACAUGGAAAAAAAGAAAUUAGAAGAGGAAAGCUCAAAAAGAAAGAAGAAGAAAUUAAACUGGGGGUUUGAACAAAAGCACAGAUGGGAAACCAAAAGCAACAUGUGAUAUAACUGACACUCAUAGUUCUGCUAACUCUACAUCAUCUCAAGCCAGACAAGAAUUCUACUUGGAUUUUAAAAGAUGAAUACUUCAUCCAAAAUAAUGUUAAUCAAAUGGUCAUGAUCAUACGUAGUGACAUGGAAAAAUAUAAAUCUUGUGUAGUUUAGACUGGAACAAUGUACAUACCAAUGUUAUGCGAUAGAACUACCAAAGUGGAUAAAUGUGACAUGAACCAUUUUGGGAUUUGUUUUCUGUGACUUGUUUUAUCAAAUCAAACUGUACAAUUGAUCAUAAAUUUUGACCAACUGCAUAGUCAAGUCAUCCAAGUGCAAAGUGGUCAAAUAAAGCAUACUAACAAUUCUAUAAGACUUUAAUAAAACAAUUUUCGACUGGGUUAGAAUUUUGUUUUUCAGUAUAUUUUUUUUAUCCAAAUAUUAACCAUAGCUGAUGGGUUUCUCUCCCACAGACGUAUACCUCAAACUCCCUUUAUUCAUUUCAGAUGUCAAAACCAUAUUAAAUAUUGUGGAAAUAGUAAAGCACAUAUACAUGAUAUAUAAUAUUGGACAAAUUCAGAGGCAUAACAGAAAUUCUUCUCAAAUAGAUGAGUAUGAUAUUUCCAAAGUUUGGCGCAGUAAUCUGAGAAUUCAAAGUCUUGGUUCAGAUUUAGUAUUUACAUGUACUUCCUGGUCCUUUCAGUGAUCACAUGAUCAGUUAUGGUACAAAUUCAUUUAGAUGUAUGAGUGAAAAUCUCUCUUAAAAAUUGCUUUUUGGUAUACAUAUAUAUUACAAGUUGACAGCUGUGUCGAAUUAUUUUUUGAAUAAUUCAACAAUAAAUUGAUUGAAACUAAAUGAUUAAAUCUUUUUAUAUAAACAUUGAAGAAUGACAACUGUGUUCUCUAAGCAUAAUCUUUAAUUUUAUUCUAAUAAUCUAUAAGUACCAAAGGUACUAUGGUAAAAACAUUUUUAAAAGUGUUCAUUCAGAAAAGACUUGUUUGUAUCCUGAAUCAGGGAUGGGCACGAUUACUGACAAAUGUAAUCGAUUACUUGAGGGAUUUUUGUGUAUUCGAUUAAUAAUCGAUUACUCUGAUUUUUGUAUGUAAUCGAUUGCAAUCGAUUACUUUAUCAAAAGUAAUUGGAUUACUUUUCGAUUACUGUCAAUUACAUGCUAUAAAAUUACAUAAGAUAAUAAAGUAAGUUAAACACAAACAUUUUGUUAUGUAUAGGGGAAAUUUAUAACUUGAUCAAAACUUCAUUGAAAGCAUUGUUUUCAAAGUUUAAGUUGACAGUUUGUUUCCAGAUAGAAGCUCUCACUGAGGAUUUGAAAUAUUCAAACAUUCUUUAAAAUCUGGUUAUCUACAUGAGUGAGAUGUAAUAAAGUUCUUGCAAUGACACCACAUGGCUUCAGUCACUUCUUUAUAGUCUAGUUUAUUUCACAUGUCUCUAUAUUUUUCAAGUUUUGCUGUCAUAAUGACUUAAGUUAGGUAUUUUGUAUUUAUUAAUUUUUAACUAUAUUUGAUUUAGUAUAUAUUUAACAAUUAAAAUGUAAAAAGAAGAAUAAUUAACUAGUUCAGCUAAUUUCAAAGAUGUAAAUUUAUUAUAUUUAUAACUAAUACAUGCAUGAAUUAAU